AUACACAAUCUCAUACAAUUUAUUGUAUCAUAAUUACAAUAACCAGAGAACUGCAAACUAUUUGUAAUUCGCUCUGAAUAAGAAGAGUUAAGAAGAGGUGCUGACUCAUCAACAAUACAAUGGAAUGGCAAGUGAUAUUUUCUCUGAUUCUUAUUUUGUGUAAUUUUGUAUAUGCUCAGCUUCAGUAUUCCAUAUAUGAAGAACUAAAACAAGGAUCUAUAGUAGGAAAUAUUGCAAGGGACCUGAGCUUGAGCAUUAAGGACUUAUCAAAUCAUAAGUUGCAGAUUGUGUCACGUGCCAGGAAACAGUAUUUUAAUGUUAAUUUGCAGAGCGGAGAUCUGUACAUUAUAGAAAGAAUAGACAGAGAGAAUUUGUGUGGGGACCAGCAGGCAUGUUCUUUAGGUGUUGAAGUAAUAAUUGAAAACCCAUUACAUUUUUACACAAUUAAAGUUGACAUACAAGAUAUGAAUGAUAAUCCACCGCAAUUCUCCAAGAACAUAUUUGAUUUAGAAAUGAGUGAGCUUGUUUUACCUGGAACAAGAUUUGCUCUUGGGACGGCAAAAGAUCCAGAUCUUGGUGUUAACUCAUUGCAAGGUUAUAGGCUUAGUGAGAAUCACUUUUUUAAGCUUGGAGAAAAAAUAACUUCUGCUGGGAGAAAGUAUCCUGAACUUGUGCUGGACAAACCCGUUGAUCGCGAGAAGCAAAACUGUUUUGAAUUAAUCCUAACAGCCUUUGAUGGUGGAAAACCUGGAAAAAGUGGGACAGCCUUAAUAAAAAUGAAAGUUCAUGAUAUAAAUGAUAAUUUUCCCCAAUUUAGCCAAGACAGUUAUCAGGUACAUCUGCCAGAAGAUGCAACAAGUGGUUUCUUAAUUGUUCAGCUAAAUGCUACUGAUGUGGAUGAAGGAAUAUAUGCACAAAUAACUUAUACGCCUUUUGAAGUUCCUGAAGAUGCACAGAGCCUGUUUGACAUUGAUCCCUUAAAAGGUGAUGUUAUAUUAAUUGGAAAGUUGGACUAUGAAGUAAAAGAUACAUAUGAGUUUACAGUGGAAGCUAAAGAUGGAGGAGGCCUGACUGCUCAUUGUAAAGUGUUUAUACAAGUUACUGAUGUUAAUGAUAACAUCCCAGAAGUAAUCAUGACAUCUCUCUUGACAUCAGUUCCUGAGGAUUCACCACUUGGAACUGUUAUAGCUCUCAUCAAUAUCUUUGACAUGGACACAGGAGAAAAUGGCAAAGUGCAUUGUGAGAUUAUUGAUAAGUCUCCUUUUCAAUUAGUUCCUUCAACUGCUAAUUAUUACAAAUUUGUGACUUCAGCUAACUUGGAUCGGGAAGGAGUCAGUAACUAUACCAUCACCAUUAAAGCUGUGGAUAAAGGAUCACCCCCACUGUCAGUCACCAAAACUCUAAAACUGUCUAUCUCAGAUGUGAAUGACAAUUCUCCUGUGUUUGAGAAAACAAAUUAUAUUCUCUAUAUUCAAGAAAAUAAUUUACCUGGGACCUCUGUAUACAGGAUUUCUGCUUCUGAUCUUGACUAUGAAGAGAAUGCAAACAUUAUUUAUUCUAUGUUAACCAAUAAUACUGAAGAUUUGCCAGUUUCCACUUAUAUUUCUAUAAACUCAAUGACUGGGGUUCUUUAUGCUCAGAGAUCAUUUGACUAUGAGCAGUUACGCGAGUUUCAGUUCCAAGUGAUGGCUAAAGACAGUGGAUCUCCUCCUCUAAGCAGUAAUGUAAUGGUGAGGAUAUGUAUUAUUGACAAGAAUGAUAAUGCUCCUAAAAUACUCUACCCAUCAUCAGACAAUGAGGGAUCAGCUUUAUUUGAAUUUAUUCCUCACUCAGCUGAGAAAGGUUAUCUAGUGACCAAAGUGAUUGCAGUAGAUGCUGACUCUGGACACGAUGCUUGGCUUUCAUAUCACUUACUACAACUUCAAGAUCCUUCUUUAUUUACAAUCGGUCAAUAUACUGGUGAAAUUAGGCUUGGAAAGGAACUUACAGACAUGGAUUCUUUAAGGCAUACAAUUAUAGUCAUGGUAAAAGACAAUGGACAUCCAUCUUUAUCAUCUACAGUUUCUUUAACUCUAGUUGUUGCAGAAAACUUUCAGCAAGUUCAUCCAGAGAUAACAUACAAGCCUAAUGAUUCAAAAGCAUCUUCUAAUACCACAUUCUACCUAAUAGUUUCCAUAGCAUUGAUUUGCCUUUUUUUUAUUGUGACAGUGGUUGUAACGGUAUUCUUUAAAUGCAGAAAAUCAAAUACACAACCAUCUUUUGGAGCUAUUGGUGGAAAUGUAUAUCCUCAGUUUACUUUGGGAUGUCCUUCUGAGAUCAGUGAUGCAAGUUUACCUUUCCCAUUCUCAUAUGAUGUGUGUGUCACACUGGACUCAAGACAGAAUGAAAUUGCUUAUCUGAAACCUGCCCAGAAUGUCCCCAUAGGCAGUCUUAUUGACACUGAUGCCUCACCUAUUGCUAAUGAUCCUGCAAAUGAUUGCUUACUUAAUACCAGUAUCGCAAAGAACCAGAUGGGUACCAGACAAAGGUUCUCAUAA